UUGGGGAAGCUGCUGUGGGGUGAAGUGGACAAACUCCUGCAUCGUCGAAUAAAAUAUUGUUUUUAAUUUUAAACAUUCAUAUUGCCCAUUUGCUACCGCAGAAACGGAAUAUUAAGCUACUAUUGCGGACGAUAGCGGUUUUACUCGCUAUCUAAAUACUUUUUGGCAAGUUUUAUAGUGGUUUGUGAAACUGUGAUAAACCAUAUUUUCAGUCAUAAAGCGUGUGGUUCAUUGUUAACGCGACGGUAAACAGAAAUGUCAUCGUACCCAAUUAAAGGUUAUUCGGAAGGAGCAGUAAAUCAGAAGCCAACCGGCCCGUCAUUCGACAAAAGCAAAGAAUGGCAGAUGGAAUUAUUGAUGGAGAAACUGCGCACCAAAUCAAGCCAGUUCAAAUCCUUCGUCGAAUGUGCGAAGGCGGUGCGUAUGGCACUAUUGGAAAAAAGAUAUGCAAUAGACAGUGUGGAACGGAACCAAUUGCAGAAGUGCUUGGAUACACUGCAACACUCCAUUAAGGUGACUUCGCUUCAAGGCAUGGUGGAACGUCUAGAGAGUGUCUCACGACAGUUGGGGCUGAAAUUUGUAGCGGGGCCAACUGGUUUUGACUGGUUCAUUUCCUCAGACAUGUUCUACUUGGAAGUUGUGCUGGAACCCACAGGAAGUGUAAAAGAUGUAAAAAUUCACCAUGAGGGCAAAGUUGAACAGCAGAGUUGUGAAGAACUAGUUUUAUGCCUAUCCCGCGGUGAUUUUGCUGACUUCACAGCACAGCUAGAAGGACUAGCGUCGAUUUACCAGUUAAAUGCAGAGAAAAAAGUUAAAUGUAAGGCAUUCAGUGCCCUUCAGGGUCUUGAAGCAGAUCUUGGAGCAUUGGCGCAGUUACAGAACUUUAUCAAGGAACCAUUCAACUUAGUGCAUAAAUCUCCAGUUGGUAUAUUGCAGAAAAGGAGAGGAGGCCACGCAAUGCGCCUUACCUACUUAGUUCCUCCUUAUGAGCUCUUGGAUCCAGAAAAGCACACUAUGCAUCCACUGACAGCAGAGGAGGUCAUAAACAAAGGAUUGGGUUUUAGUGUGACUGUUUGUGUGGAGGGCUCAGCAACACACAAAUUACAGACUGCACCUCUUAUCUCUAUCAAUAGGAGCCCUGGAGGCAAGAGUACACCACAGUAUGCACCAUUGACAGCUGCCAACAGUGCUCUUCUGCCAGCAGUGUUCUCCUUGAGGCUUGCUAAACCUAUGCCUGUAUGUGUUUCAUUGGUGCGCAGAAUUCAGCAAAUUACUGAGGUUGAGUUUGGUGAUAUUACUAGCCCUCAACCUCUGCUUGAUCUCAUAGUUCAGACAGCAUCUGAAGGACACAUUGACAGCAGUCGUGGUCUUAUCGUACACUUACCAGAUCAGCAGCAUUGCUAUUAUAUGACUGAGACUCGAGGUACAGAAGGUAUUAUUGUGUCAAGCAUACCAUUCACACAUCCAGGGCAUGUCCCACAGAUUCUUGGUUUUCUGCGUCAGCAGGCGCUUUUCAAUGUCUUAGUUUCCAGUUGCGUACGUCGACCAGUAAAGCAAGAUGCGGAAAAAGACGAUACGUCAAAGGCACUUACUGGAUCACAAGAGCUGCCUACUGUGUUUGAAGUGACAGCACUAUCUGCUCAGAGCCUUUCUGUCUCUUUCGAGCACCCAUUAGAGGAGAAUAUGGCAACUGCUGAACUUGAGUUGACAGACAUUGGUAAUUUGCGGUGUCGUGUCUAUGGAACAGGCUGUGAUGCUGGAACUGUGGCUGAAAUGGCUAGCAGAGUUCUCCAGAGGAGCCUGUCCAUCCCAGUGACAAUGCGUUCAUUGCUCCGAUCUUGGCACCAGCAAGCAAUGAGAGGAUGUGGAGGACCCAAUGAGUGUGGAACACCAGCAGGAAAUCAAGGAGGCCCCGGUUCAGGAGGUGGUCGUGGGCCUCCUGGCUUUGAUGGUGGUCCACCAAUCAUAAAGACAGAACCAGACGGUGGACAGUCAGGUUGUGGUGGUGGCAUACCAGGACCGGGAGGUGCAGAUGGAGGGUGGCCUGCCGGUGUUGGUGGUCCAGGCAGGAGGCGUGCCUUACCUCCUCAUAAAACAUCUCCCUGGCACAGAGGUCUAUCUGAUGCUGAUAUUGGUUCCACUGGUGCAGAUAGUUCUGCUAGUGACUCAGAUUCAUCUACAUCAGAUACACAAGACCACGGUGCGUCGGACCGCCAGGGAUCAGAUUUUACAGAUGCAGAAAUGUUUGAUGUGCCGGAAGUUGAAGCCGUGAAACCUCGGAAAAGCAAGAAAGAUAGAAAGGCAUCACCACAGCCUGUAAUUCUAGAAGCAUCAGAAAGCAAAUCCCUGGUACCACCUUCCGUGAGUAUCACAGCUGUCCCUUCAUCAGUGCCCUCUUCUGUGUCCGUAACUGGGGCAGGUGGGCCAAGCCUCAACUCCGUGCUUACAGGCAUGGGCCUGGAACGGCGUCCUGGUAUUGAGAUAAUUCCUAUUGUUCCGGCACCUGCACCAGUUCCUACUUCUUCACUGCAGAGUUCGAUCACAAUAACGCCAAUACCUGGUAACUCAAGUGGUACUUCGGGCAAGUCAUCAGGAAGUGGUGGAGAAGACCGCAGCCGUGAACGCAAGGCAGGAAAAUCUAAAGAUGACAAAGGCAGGGUAGAGAAGAAACGUAAACGGAAGCGCGAGGAAAGUCCGGGUAUGGGACCACCCGAUAAACUGCCUCUGAAGCAAACAGGUUCAGAAGGGACGUCGAAACACGGCAUGCCAGCUGCUGCUUCAAGUCCCAAAGGUGAAGUACGGGCUUCUUCGCCUCAACACAAGUCGUCUGUGUCACCUACGAGGGUCUCCAAAUCGGGCAGUGGAACUACAAAUGUCUCAGGGAGUGGACCUGUUGGGGGAGCCCCUAUAGGAGCAGUGACAGUAUCACCGUCAGGAGCACGACAUAGCCCAAAACGUUCACCUAGUCAUUACGGUACAGGUAGUCCCAAACAUCAUGGCUCACCAAAAAGUGGAACACCAGGAAGUGGUUCAGGAAAACCAAGCAUGUCUGCACUGAAGUCUGCAGCAGCCUCACCAGGGAAAUCUCCUGUGCACCAUAGUGUUACAUCUGUUGUCAGUAUUAGUGGCAGCUCAGAGCGACCACUCAAGUCCUCUAGCAAAGACAAGGAUCGUGAACGUGAUCGCCAAGCCAAGGCGACAUUUUCUGUAUCAUCUGGAUCAGGAUCUGGAUCAAGUCCAAAACUGAAGUCGUCAAGUGUGAAAUUGAAACAACUGGAUUUGUCAUCAAGCAAUCUUACUCUCGAGAGAGUGAAUACGAGUUGUGCUUCUAGUGGUGGAACAACACCUCCUAGUGGCACAAGUGGCAGUGGAAGCGGCAGUGGAGGCAAGGGAGCUCCUGGCACUAACCCCACAGGCAAGCGAAAGGGCUCACUGUCAGCUGUCAUUGAUAAGCUAACGGCACAGCAUUGUGAACAAGGUGACAGUAUAGUAAAAGAUGGUUCCAGGUCAGGUGGUGUUCCUGGUACAGUUGGAGCAGGAGGAAAUAGUGGAAACACCACUGGACCUAAGCAGCCUGGUGAGUACAUGGUAAAACCCAGUUCCGAUGGUAUAAAACUUACUAUCAAUAAAACACGAACCAAAGACUCGAAGCCAGCAAGCCGCAAUCAGUCGAGUGGUUCGUCGACAGGAAGUACGGGAUCCCCAAAAACACAUACUGGUUUGAAGCCUGGUGUCAAUAGUGGUCCUGCCUCAAAGAAACCACAUUCAGGUGGCCCACCUAGGUCACAGACUUCACCAUCAAAUGGUACCGCAUCAGGAUCUGCAUCUACAGCAGCAACCGGAACGGGAGUGAUGACAGUUGCUGCGUCAUCUGGUUCUGUGAGUGGAGCACGUUCACCGGCAAACACGUCGAACAAGACUGGCGGCAGUGGCAAGGCUGGUAGUUCCAAAACUGGUGGAUCCAAGCAACUUGGCGGUUCGCCGAAGACGGGCACACGAGAUGGGAAAAUGGCACGCCCUGCCAAGGGAUCCAGUGACAGACUUGGAUCUCCAUUUGGUGCUGGUGGUAAACCGGGUGACAGUCGUAAAGGCAGUGGUGCAGCUCUCGGAACGGAUACUGUAACUGCUGAUCCGUUCAGAACUGGAACAUCUUCCAAACUGGAGGUAGCAUUGCCACCACUUAAAAGCCUCGAUACCAAAUUUCAGAUACCCAAAUUAUCAGCACGCAACAGUGGGUCGAACUCAACAGCAGUGUCACUGGGCAGCGACAGGUCUACUGUGGUGGACAGAGUGAUUCAGCCGGUGCAAGAUAGACCCGAUUCUAAAUUUGUGCCAGGAAAAUCGGUAGUAGCCGAAGGUAAUAAAAGUCCUGUACCUGGUACAAGACAGGUACUGUCUUUGCAGCUUCAACAAACUCCCUCGCAACCUGUAGCCCCACCACGACCUUCUUCGCCUUCUGCAAGGUUUCCAGUAGCGGCGACAGUAGCGGGUUCACUUUCGGUGUUGCCGUCCGGUGAUAAUAGUUCUGAAAUGUCGGACUCAGGACCUAUUGCAGAUACAGUCUCUUCGCACGCUCCCUCUGCACAGGAAGCAGCAGAGCUGCUACUAGAUUUUUCAGCUGCCAAACAGUCAUUACAAGUGGCAGGGCCGUCUAUUCCUUGCCGUAGACGGAGCCCACCUCCUCCUCUUCCACCUCCACCACCUGCCUUUCCUGCAGGUUCACCAUCUGUUUCUGUGCACAUAGUCAAAUCACCAGCUCCAGCUGCCUCACCCCUGGUAACCCCCUCUCCCCAUUCUGUGUCACCCUGCAUCACUGAUGACGAAUUGAUGGACGAAGCAUUGGUCGGAAUGGGUAAAUGAGGUACGGCACCUGCCCAGUCAAGCUCCUCCUCGGGUUUGUCGUGGGCAUCAGCUGGUGAUAUGUGAACUUUCAUGUCAUUGUUACUGUGCUACAUACCACAAAAGCUACACUUGUCACUGAAGUUACUAUGUGUGGUUGCUGUGUGUUGAAAAGUGCUUCUUAUACUCAGACUUUUUUGUAAGGUUGACAGCGAUUCACGUGGUCUCUGUGCUAUCUGAUUUUCUUUUCUGAGAAUAAGUGUAACUGUAUUAUAUUUAUGCCUUUACAAGUGACAUGAAAUGUCCCAUGAUUGUGAUGUGCGUCAUUCUACAUUUUUGUUUCAAUAUGGUUCUUAAAUUUAGACUAUACCAGGAAUGCAAUUCAUGAUCAGACUUUUGCCUAUUAAAUUUUUCUGUAUCUUCGUAUUUAUUUCUUUGCACAGAGAAUAUUGUGAAGACCUUUGUUACUUUUUCUCUGAUAUGGCAGGUGAACAAAAUAACCAGUUAACUUGUAAUGUGGAGAUGCUAUUAUGUGCCUCAUGUUUUGCAAUUCCUUGUACUUAUGCACCAUUUGUGUAUGCAAUACUUUGGAACAGUGAUAGAGAUUUCCAGAUGUGACCGCUCAAAUGUAUAUAAUGAAGUAUUUAUGUUUGUCUAGCAAUACAUUUACACACUCUUGUAUUAAUUUAGAAUUCUCUUCUUAUUAAGUACAAUAUGAAGGUAAUAUUGAGUGGCACAGCAUAUGGAAUUUGGGCAUUUAGUUCUACAUCUGUUAGGGAAAACUUCAAUGUGCAAUUUUAAGCAAAUUUUUAUUUUAUUAAUUAUGUUGGAAUGUGUGCAGAAUGUGAGUUGCUAAAAGAAAUUGCCUGUACAGUUAUUUUAUAUACAUAUAUAUAUAAAUAAAUAUAUAAUUUCUUCAAUGUAAUGUUCUAUAGAUGUUGGACCAAAUCACAUAUGUUGGAAAAGAAUAUGGUAAACCAGUUAAAGGCAUUAUAAACUACACUUACCAAGUGGGAAAGGUUUUGAACAUUUUGUACAAAUAAGCGUUGAUUUAACAUUCAGCAAACAAUGAUUAUAAAGCUGCUUCCUUUCUUUCGUUUUACUCCCCAUAUUUCUCAUUCUAUGUUAUAAGUUUUCCUGGUAAUACAGGAUUUCAUUAUGACGUAUAAUGUACUUAAUGCGAAUUUCAGUAUGAUGUCGAAAUAAUGGGAUUGUAAUCAAGUCUUUUGGUUGGUCAAGCAGUUUUAUGUGGACUCUGUGAGGAGGACAAAUGGAACUCCAUUAUGUGUGCAAUAACAUGCAUGAACAUACAUACUCUUCGUAGAUUAAUGAGAAUGUGGCAUGAAUAUUUAUUCUAAUCAUCCAGUAUAGCUUUUGCCUGAAAGCAAGCUUUUUUUUAAGUAAGUUUUUUUGUAAAUUCAUUAUUCCAGCUGGCAUUUGACCAUUUCAACUGAUUUAGAGAUAAGGUGUCUCAUUACAUUUGUUUUUCAUAGUGUCACAAAUAGCUUAUAUUCUUCUGUUGUAGGUGCACUUUUUCACAACUGUGAUGUAAAUGCUUUUUUAUUCUUUGUAUGGAUAUCUUUUCAUAAGUAUUCAUCUUCUGCAAAUUUCAGUUACCCAAUCCUUCUUCUAAUCAAAAUAUAUCCACACAAGUGAGAUGAAAACAAAAAUUGUUGUACAGUGGUGAAAAAUGUAACACAUUAUCUGAGUUUGGGAGCUUCCUCUUUGAUGGAUAUAGAGAAUGCACUACAGGGCAUGAUGGCGCGGUAAGAGGAGGGGGGGGGGGGGGGUAGAGAGAGAAGUUAUGUAGAAAGAAUAAUUCCGUGUUGGAAAUUAAUGGAACCAAAUAGAGGACAAUUAAAGAAACUAAAAAGAAAGAAGAAUUUAUGUGAAACAGAUGAAAAGAAAAAACAAUAGGUGUAUAAAUGAUUUAUAUAGGGGUAUAAGGCAGGAUUCACUCAGUUAAUAUCAGGAAGGUGGAUUAUAAUGUGUAGGCAAUCGUGGAAAGUAAAAUAGUCAUAGAAAUAGUGGAGGAAUUGGAGGAAUUAAAAACUGGAUAUUGGAGGCGGUAGUGAAUAAGGCGAUGAAUAAUAUUUGCCGCUAUCGUCCACAAACUACUGUCAUGUCCCAUAGCUGGUCGUGCAGCAUGUAUGCUUAUUACUAUAAGUUCCUUUAGUAGUAAUUCACACAUUAUUUGUAAACAUUUACAAAUUAUUAUACUUCCAUUACGUAAUGUAUAUAUCAUUUAUAACUGAUUAAACAAUUGUUCAAUCACAAAAAAUCACUUAAUAAACUUUACCCUUACGUUGAUCAAUAUUGCAAAUCAAUUCGCAAAACUCACUUUGUUUAGUAAAGUCAAUAUGUUGUAGAAGUUCUUACUUCUUUCCUUAUCUCAGUCCCCUUUUAGUUACAGCAUGUCUCUGUUGAUUUUACUUUGUAUAGCUCUGUUCCAGUCAUUUCUAGUUUUGUAUUGCUGAAGGCUUUCAUGAAUGUCUUUACUUGUAUAGUAUUGUCUGAGUUUAAUAACAUGGUAUAAAAUCUUUACUUUGUUUUCAAUAAAAUAAACUUGUGUGUUCAUUUUCACAGUACACCUGCUCUUUGAUUGUCAUAACAAUGACAUAGAUACAAAAUGUGUUAACGGGCCCCACUUUUAGCAUUUUGAUAGUUGUUGAGUUUCAAACAUCCCCCCCCCCCCCCCCCCCCCUCCUCCUCCCAUAAGCCAUUUCACAUCAGAUGUGUGUUUCACAUGCCAUAUUUCUCGUAAGGUAAAUGGUUAUCCUCCUUACUCCUGUUUAAGUGCCACUACUUUCAUGCCAUUGGUGUCUUGAUAUGAUUUAUAAUAACAUUUUAGCUUCUCUUUUGUUCUUUCUUUAAAGCUGAAGGUAUGUGCCUUUCUCAUUGAAAUACUACUAUGUCCUAAGAUAUAUGAGGCAACUACGUAUUACCUAAUGUUUUCAAAAUUCUCAUCAUACUGCAUGGCACUACAAGACUGUCUCCUGUGGUCCAGAUUUGUUUUGUUAUUGCAAAUACAUUUUCUGCUCACUGAACACUUUGGUAGACCCUUGUAGAGACUGAUUUUUGUGAUGAACAAAAGCUGCUUUCAAAAGUAGUAAGUCAUUUUGGAGCACUGUUCUAUUUCUUAAUUUGCAUAAUGAUUAUGGAAUUUUCAUAUUGAAAAAGCUCAGGCAAAUAGUCUGUACUCAUCUGUCUCUCCUUUGAUUUAUUGCCCCCACAGCUACAAAAUUUGUGUUAACCUUUUCCUUUGUGUCUGGUUUACCUUUUUUAAUUCCUGUAUUCUUUUUCCCAUCCUUAUGCUGUCAUUUUAUAUUCUGACACCCCUGUCCCGUACUUUUGUGAUUUUUUUAUUUUGUUUUUUAUUACUAACAUUUUUCUGCAAGCUGCUUGAAUUUUAUUAUUAUUACUUCAUUAUUCACAUUCAUGUUUUAUGCCCGAUGUCAUGUAAGAACAUUGUUAGUGUCUUUCCAUUUUACUUCUUAAAUUGUAUUUCUGACUUACCCAGGCUUGUAUUCACAAUAUCUGGCAACAUUUUACAUUACUUCUAAUUGUUUUUUACCUCAAUGAUUCCUUCAAAGCACACAAAAUUUAUAUUGUUUUUACUGUUGCUUUUUAUCAUUACCUUAUCAGUGUGUGUUGAAUUAACAUCUUUUUAACCUAUGUUUCUUAUUUUGUUCCCCCCCACAGAGCCAAGACAGUUGAGGAAACGAGAAAUUCCUAUAAACGUGCUCAGAAAUUCAGUAACCGUAAGCCAUGAAAUUGAACAGUUUAUGAGACAAUUACGAUUUAUCACUGUUAGUAAGAGCUCUCUGACCACAUGCUAGUGGUGUUUUGAAAUUGUCAUACGGAUAAUGGCAGUAUAUGUAGUAAAAGAAAAGAAAAUAAUGCACUUUAUGAACAGAACCUUUGGUAGGAUAAUAAUAUAGGAUAGUAAUAUUAAUUGAGGUAACAAAAUGAAAAUUUGCAAUGUGAUGAUCCAGUAUUCAAUUCACCUGACCUUUUUUUGUUCUGUUUUUCUUUUUCCCUCCUCCUCCUCCUCUUCUUCUUCUUCUUCUUCUUCUUCUUCCUCCUCCUCCUCCUCCUCCUCCUCCUCCUCCUCCUUCUUUUAAAAAUAUUGUGUGUUAGUAGUCAUAUGUGUGUGUUGCCAUGUAGUGCUCUCUCUCUCUCUCUCUCUCUCUCUCUCUCUCUCUCUCUCUCUCUCUCUCUCUCUCUCUCUCACACACACACACACACACACACACACACACACACACACCUUUUUUCCAAAUAAUAUUAAAACACUGGGCUAGUCACUGCAUGCUUCUACCAGUGGUUUUUAUAAAAUUUUCAUCAUCACCUCAAAAUUUUAAAAACGUUACAUAAUUAGUUUUUUUGUUUGUUUGCAUUACAUGUCUGUAGUCCUGGUACACAUUGAAAUCCCUGUACCACAAUAUCGUUGAAAGCUACUGGAGGAGCCGAAACAAAAUGGCGCAGUCUUUUGAUAAAAUGCAGUAUUGUGCAGUACCUCAUUUCUGCUGAAAAUGAAUUUUCAUGAUACUCCACUUUAUCAAUGCACUGUGACUCCUUUCUUCCCCCUCCAGUGUCCUGCUGCAAUAUUGCAAUGCAAAGUGCAAUGUGAGUAUCAAGACAGCAGAUAUGUACCUGCAAAUUAACAAAUCAUUAUGUAACUUUAUUUUUUCAGAGUGACAUUUAAAACUAUCCCUUGUGUGAGCUUACGCCAGUUUAAGAAAAGCUUUGAGUGAGUAAGGGAAGUUAUUGAAAUUGACAGUUUGUGAAAUAGAAAACACUGUUGUGAUUAGUGUCAUUAAUAAUAUGACUGAAAUGAGUGAAUGGCACCUUUUUGCUUAGGAGUCCAGAUACGUUAUUCGGACAAUAUGAAAAACAAAUACAAAUUAUAAUAAAACUCCCAAUUUUGGAACAUUUCCUGUUACUGUAUUUCAAAGUUAUUUAUUUAUUUUUAUAAGAAAGUUCAUAAAAAAGGUCUGUGUAACUCUCUCUUUCUGCGUCAUUCACCCUGUCAUGUUAUGUUUGUGAAUUGCUUAGCCUCACCUUUGCAGUAAUUGGCAUUGUCCAUGACUUCCUGUAGUAUUCCUCUUUCUUUCUUCUUUUUUCCUUAGGAGGAACCCCUCUUUCAGAGAGCCUGAGAUUCUCAAUAUUUUCUUUUCUCCCCCUCCCCCUCGUUCAGUAAGUCCACAACAUUCCACAUAUGUGGCAUGUACAGCAAUUGUAUCUGUUGCCGUAUGUAGUACAUUGCGUGCUAAAUUCUUGAAUGUCACUUGUAUGCAAGCUCUUGUUAAGACUUGUAGAGUUGAUCCUCUUUAUGUAGUAUGUAUUUCAGUGCUGUGUUCAACAUCAUAUAUAUUAGUAUGUAUUUGUUCCACAUGUAUACAUGGUGUUAUUAUGAAGUUUCUGAAGUGUAUUUUGUACCAGAAGAUAUAUUUCCAGGUUUCCAACCACAGUGGCAAUUCCAUUUCCUGCAUGGUAUUUUGACAAGUAGCCUGGCUGUCUUUAUCAGUUGCUGUGAGUGAUUAAUCAUCACAAUGUGCUCACUGCCUGGACUCUAGCCAAACUGACAAAGACUAUGGCUCAUAGUGCCUGAGGAAGAGAAUUAAGUACAUUCUGUAGAAAAAUUGUCUAGUCAACCUGGCUGGUCACCCAGAAAUAUAUCUUCAUCAGUCAUUCUGGGUAAAUGUUAGAAAUUAUAUUUUAAACAUUUUAUUUUUGAUGACCUGUAUAUAACUUGCUUAUCAGAAUUUUCUGUAAUGUGCCAAAACUAUUUACUGUCAAAAAUGAAAGGACAGAUACCUACAAGAACAAUGAAUGUCAAGUGAGUUGACAGAUAAUUCUCUUUCCAUGUGUGAUGCUUGUGUUAUAGAUCUCAUAUAUUUCAUAGUGUCUUCCCAUAUUACCAGAAUAUCACCACUGAACUACAAACCUUUAUUUUCUAUUGUGAGAAUACAAGAAGCAUGUUGAUUGUUUCACACUAUACUGUUAAAUCAGCUUUAAGGACUCUAGAGAAAAGUUGUUAGUAAGUAAUUGUUGUCUGGAGGACAAGUUAGCAACCAAAUUUUAAUUUGUUUUACAUAAAUAACAGAAUCAGUGACUCAUCUUACUUACAAAGAAUACAUAAGUAAUGAAGAUCUGAAGUUUGUGGACACCAGUGUAUAACUGGUGUAACUCCUGACACCCUCUGCGAUCAACAGUUCUUUCAUGUGGAAAGUUCAUGGGGUGUGUAGCUGGUAAAGUCAGAGAACUUACAUGAUAUUCUAAGAAGGUGGUGUGCAGCAAUCAGCAGUUGAGAUGGUGUUCAUGAGAAUAUUUAUGCAACUGUAUGUCCCUUUGCAUAAGAUGAGUUGCAGCAUUGGAUGCAUUGUAUUCUAAGAAGAAGUGUUGGGGGCAUCAGUCUUGCUUUUCAAGACAAACUGCUGCAAUAAGUGAGUACAAACUUCUGAAGAGUAGUGGAGGGCAUUGGGACAUGGGACCAAAAUGUACUAUCCUUGCUUAUAUGUGUGCGCCAUGCCUCAUAUAUUAUUUUUGUUAUGAGUGAAAGGAACUUCCCAUGGUGAAACAUCUCCUAGCUGAAAUAUCAUAGAAAUUUUAUGAUUUCAGCUUUUGUAAACAUGAGAAACCUUCAAGAAUGUUUUAUCUGGGAUUAUACAACAACGAGUCUGAUUGAAAAAUUGCAUCAGUUCAGAAACAACUUCAGCUGUGUGAUGUAUGCUCUCAAAUGAACUUUGAAGUAGUUGAGGAAAGAAUGUGUAUGAUGGAGAUCUACAAAUUGCAGUAAAAAGCUCAAUUAUUGAGCACAAAAAUUGUACUGUAGCAAAGUAUAUCACAUUGUUUUUCAGCACUUUCCAAAGUACAAGCUCUUCUGCUUUGUAUGUCUUUAGGUUAAAAAUGAAUGUGACGUAUUAAUUUCUUAAAUUGUUUUGUAUGCUUUUGAAUCUUUUAUAUAGUAACUUGAGAGCUUCACUUCAAGAUAGAAAGUGCUUCCAAGAGUUCUUUUUCAUUUAGAAUCUUCGGAGAAUCCAAAAAUAUGAAAUGAAAUUUGAAAUCAUUGACUUAACUUUUCCCUCUCGGUUUGCAUAUUAUGAUAUAUGUAAUGUUUUUUUAAAAAAAUGGAAAUUUGGUGUUUUACUUUUGUUCAGGAACUCUAUCAUUAUCUCUCCCAUACCUUCACUGAUCAUGGUUGUGGUGUGUUUAUAGAAAUAUAUUGUAAUAUAGAUUUGUGUUUUGGAAAAUGAUGAGAUAUUUUGAAUGUUUGAAGAUAAACAUUAUGGUGCUAGAGGUUGCUGUUUGCAGUUUAUAUUCUCUAAUUUUUUUAAAAAAUUGUACUUGUAAAAAAUAACUGUAUUAUUAUGUAAAGUAUGUUUAUAUGUAUAUUAUCAAAAUAUUUUACCUUUAUUUUAAAAGGUAUAUUGUAAAUAUCAGUAAUACAGGAAAAUUAUCAUUUUGCAUAUAUUCAGUGUUGUGAUUAAGACCAACAAAAGAUGUUUUUCCCCUUUGAAUGUGAAUUACACGCAAUACCAUAAUUUAUUCUCUGUUUGUUCUUCUUUUAUUAAAAUGCUGUUUUUUUCUUUAUAUGAAAAGUGAUUUUAUUGCAAAUGUUUUUUUUCUCGGUGCCAACAAGAGAAAACAUAUUUAUGUGGUACAUGUACUAACUGUACAGAAAAAUUAAAAUUCAUUACAAGCAAAUGAACAUAAGAUUAGAA